UUCCCUGGAUGACAGUUUGUCACUGACUUCGCUGUGGUAUGGUUGUCAUUUGAUUCUCUAUCGAAAAACGUGAUAGAUGAAUGGAAAAUAAUUAACAAUAACACAGCGUUAGUCCGUUUUAACUUAAACGAAAAUUGUCGUCGGGCGUGUAAUAAUAAGAGUGAAAUUCCACACAGUGUGCACUUCAUAGGACACCGCCAUGAUCGAUGUGGAAAACAAAGAUGGCGGAAUAAUACGGUGAUCACAACGCGUUGUUGUGUGGCGUUAUGUACGGUGGUAGGUGGAGGUUGCAACAGUGUCGGGACCCUUGAACGAGGAGGAGAGGCGCGAUGGGGGCGCGGCCGGGGUAAUGCCGCCGCGGCCUGCGGCCGGCCGCGCGGCCAUGGCGGCCGAAGAAGAACGAACGCCGUUCCCUCUAUUUACUGCCGUCUACGAUUAUGCAGCACAGGGAGAAGACGAGCUCUCUCUCCGACGGGGUGAAAUUGUUGAAGUCUUGUCUAAAGACUCGAAUAUAUCAGGCGAUGAGGGGUGGUGGACAGGUAAAAUCGGAGAUCGCGUCGGCAUAUUCCCCGCAGUAUACGUGACGGAAGAGGAUCCCCUAGCUGUAGAGCCUCCACGAGUGUCGUUCAGUGAGCUCAAACUCGAGGAAGUGAUUGGUGUCGGUGGGUUUGGUAAAGUUUAUCGUGGUUAUUGGAACGAUGAGGUCGUGGCGGUUAAAGCUGCACGACAGGACGCAAACGAGGACAUCGAGGUCAUUAAAGAGAGUGUAUUGCAAGAAGCGAGACUCUUUUGGGUGUUGGAGCAUGAGAAUAUAGUGUCAUUGAAAGGUGUGUGUCUAGAGGAGCCAAACUUGUGUCUGGUGAUGGAAUAUGCUCGUGGUGGGCCUUUAAAUCGAGUUUUGUCAGGUAGAAAAAUUCGACCUGACAUCCUGGUGGACUGGGCGAUACAAGUAGCUCAAGGAAUGGAGUAUCUUCACUGUGGAGCACCAAUGUCACUCAUACACCGAGAUUUGAAGAGUUCAAAUGUGUUGCUCAGCGAAGCGAUACUACCGGACGACACGUUGGAAGACAAAACACUGAAGAUCACCGACUUCGGAUUGGCUCGUGAAGUGUACAAAACGACGCGGAUGUCCGCCGCGGGAACCUACGCAUGGAUGCCGCCAGAGGUGAUAAAAAACUCGACUUUCUCGCACGCGUCAGACGUUUGGUCGUACGGUGUCCUGCUGUGGGAAUUGCUGACUGGCGAAACACCAUACAAAGGCAUCGAUGCGCUGGCCGUCGCGUACGGCGUGGCCAUCAACAAACUUACGCUACCUAUACCCAGUACUUGUCCGGAGCCCUGGAAAGUGCUCAUGGAAGCAUGUUGGCACUCGAACCCCCGCGAGCGACCACCAUUCCCCGAGAUCCUGGAACAACUGGAGCACAUCAGGCAGUCAGAGUUUACGAGAGCACCCCACGAGUCCUUCCACACCAUGCAAGAUGGCUGGCGGAUCGAGAUAGAGGAGGUAUUAAGGGAUCUCAGGCGGAAAGAGAAGGAAUGCAAAACAAUAGAGGAGGAACUGCGUUGGCGUGAAGAGGAACUAACAAAGGCCCAGUUACAACAAAGGUUAAUGGAACAGAACUUAGCUCAGAAAGAAAGGGAAUUACAGAUGAGGGAGUUUGACCUAGUUGCCAGAGAGUUGCAUAUCCUGAUCUUCGCCAGCAACAUGUCGCAUCCGCCGCCACAGCCUAAUAAAAGGAAGGGUAAGUUCAGCAAAAUGAAGCUGGUGAAGAAGGACACGAUAUCGUCCCCGCUGGACUUCAGGCACACACUGACGGUGCGGCCGUCGGACGACGAGUCGAGCGUUAAGCAGCUGGUUGCGGUCGCAAAAGACACGCCACCCGGCUCGCCCGCCAUUAUGAGGGCCAUUGCCCUACCAGCGGAUGGCGUGAAGGGCAAAACGUGGGGUCCGUCGUCGGUGCACCAGCGGUCGCGCGGACACCUGCCGCUGCCGGCGCUGCGGCCGCGGCCCGCGCCCCGCAGCGCGUGCUCGGCGCCCGACCUGCCGCCCGCGCACCGCCACCCGCUCCCAGGUUGUUUUCUUCCUUACACAGACUUCAGUCCUGAGGAAUGGGGACCCGAGUUCCCUUUGAGCACGUCGUCGCGAUAUUCUGUACCAAUGCCAACACUAUACAGCACUGAAGGUUACAAGUACAAGAAACCUAGCAUAAUAGAGUUGGUUUUAUAUAAUAUGGCAGCGCUGCUGGGCGGCGUCGCGGCCGGUUACGAUGUGAGGGUUUCCAACAUUAGCCCGUUGCAUCCAACGCUGCAGCCGCACAGGCCAGAGAUAGAAACGGAGCCACUCAGUUCAUCCCUGUAUGAAGGCUAUGGUUUUGCACACAAUACUUAUCACGGACCUACGAGGCAUUUGAGAGCACCUCUCAACGCUAUAACUGGAUCCCCUAUAUCGAGUCUACAAACAGAAGAGCAAAAACCCAUACGUUUCACUGAUUCACCGACUCAUUACGCUCAUCCUUCGUCAUCGUCUGGAUACGGGCAUUCAGCUCAACCGCUUUCUGGAACUUCUGGACUUGGAACUAACUAUACAUCUACGCAACCGCCCACUCCGUCGCCUAGGCGAACUUCCUCAACCACAUCAGACCACCUGGCUGAUUUAUACCACAAUUAUAGAGAAAACUUCCAACCAUCGCCCUCCCAAGACAGGGAUUAUUAUUACAGAGCGGAACCAUACACGUACGAUAGGACUGCUGAUUAUGUGGUGAAACAUCCGUAUUAUGGGUACGAUGAAUGUUCCUUUGAAUAUAGGGAGCCAACCCCCGACUACCGACCUCCGGCGCAGUACCUCACUCACAGACGAACCCCCUCAAAUUCAUCAGCUUCCAACUCCCACCCUGAAGAGUUUUCUCCAUCAAGACAAUUCAGGACUGACAAAUACGCGUGUAAAGAAAGAAGAGACGAUUAUCGUUCACCUAAAAAUGAAUAUCCCAGAAAGACAAAUGACUACUCUUUACCGCGAGAUUUUUAUAGACAAGACUCUCAAGAGAGAGCCGAAGUGGAAAGGCCCGCAAAUCUAGGCCUGGAAUUAGCGCCGACGAAACUUCGGUCGAGUUUAAAAAAGUAUAAUAAGAAGACUAGCGCUUCUGGUGGCAGUUCAGGCGGUGGAACACCAACCAAUCCAACGCCUCCAGACAGUUUGACAAGCGAAACGGACAGUUCAUACGUGUCGGCUAGGGACGCUUCUAGCGGAUCACAGUCUAGGGUUCGCUUCAGCCCAGAGACCAUGGAAGGAAAUGCGACCGAGAGGAGGCCGUCGCGACAUUCGUAGCGAAGGCUGAAGAAGUUCAACGACUACCUUGUUUGAUUUCACAGCGGGACUGUAUAUACGCUUGCAGGUAGUACGUGGAACGCUUGUUAUGCAUCUUAACUGAUUUAAAUAGGCCCUUUCGCAUAAGAAUUGCAACAUCGCGGUAAUCUGUUAAAUUUUGAGAUUUUUUUUUCUGUAAAAUACAUAAAAUAUACUCCCUAAAAUUGUGAUGAAUGUGUAAUGUAAAUGAGAAAAAAGCUGUUUGCAAUGGUCAUGCAAAGACGAUUAACUGAUAGAAUACUCCCAUAAAAAUAUACAAAUUGUCUUGACUUCACUGUUUAUAAAAUAUGGAAUAUAAUUAAAGAUUGUGUUCCACAAAAAAAGGCUUCAAUUGUAACAAAACCAAUUAUUUUGAUCUAAAAAUUAAAGAACUGAACCGAUUUUAAUAAAACUUUUAUGGGACCAAUUUGUAAAUAUAUCCUUUCAGAUAAAUAUAAUUUUCUAAAUCGGUUUACAACUGACGGAGUUACGAGUUAACAAACAAAAAAAAUGCAACCCAAUUGACAACCUCCGUCUCUUUGAACUCUGUUGAAAAACCACAAAAUUUAAAAACAGAUUUCAACGUGUGAUUGUUAUUAGAAAGGGCCUCUAAUAUUCAAAACAAAAUGUUCAAGUGUCUUUUGUGAACAUAUUGCUGAGCAAUUUAAAUAUAUUUGAAGCGAACAAGACACGGGCUUCGUAUGAAAUAAGGUUUAUUUUAAAUACCAUUGGUUGUUCGCGGUAGCUAUAAUUAAAGCAAAUGUAACUUUUUUGUCACUUGGGUAGUUACUAGUGUAAUUACCAUAUGUAAUAAUUAAGCCGCCAUUAUAAUACCGUGUCUGGUGGAAAUACUGCAAUAAGCUAUGUAUAAUCGCAACUGUGUUCAUUAUUUAAUGUAAUUGUGUAUUCCCAUUGUACAUUAAUGUAUAAUAAUAUAUAUAUGUAUGGAUAUAUCGUAAUAAUUCACAGGCUUACCAUUUAUUAACCACGCGUUUACAGUUACAGUGCCUAAGAAGUUCAUAAUAGUAUUUACCUCAGCAUAAUCAUUGAAAUUUUAUUUAUUUGCAUAGAUUUAUAUUAUGCGUUCUUGAACUGUUUGAUAAAUCCAUAUAGAUAAUAUAUAUUUAUACUUAUUAAUAUAUAAUAUAUUAAUACGUAUAAUAUAUCAUUAUUUUUUUUUGUAUCCGGAUGAAAUUUGGAUGGCGUACUUAUAUACUACAACAAUGAAGGCACAUGACGCUACUAAAAUGCUACCAUGUACAAAAUGUAAAUAAUCCAUUUUUUACCCAAUAUACCGGCAUUUUAUUUGUUAAACGUUGUUCAUGCGAUAGCAACUUUCCUUUUUAUUUUGUUAAAUUAUAAAUAGUACAAAUGUAUUUUUAAGACGUUUUACGAACAAUCAUUCGAAUGAUGAAUAUUAUUUUUAACAUUUGGCAUAAAUAUGUAAUGUAUAUUUGAACUAACAAUUAAUAUAUUAUGUAUGUUAAAAAAAUAAGUCAGUAUGUGUUUUGUACAGAAAUGAAGCAAAUGUUAGAUAUUUUUUACUUGAAGGUUCAGUAAAAGUUAUCAAAUAGUAAUAAGUACAGCUUUUGUAUCCCACAGUGAAACGUAAAAUUAGUUAGAAUUACUAGUCGAAAUUUUGCAAAAAGUAUAAAUAAUAUAUUGCAUAUCCAGCUGUAAUUGAUAUUAUAUUCGAUUAUAAGCUUUCUUACCCAAAACACUGGAAUCUUUCUUAAUAUCAAUAUAUAUUCUAAACAUAGUUUUUAUUUCAGAUACUUGAUGGCCUGUUUACAAUAACAUUUGGAUAUGUUUAAUAAAAUUAUCAUGCAGUUUAGAAUAAAUUAAUAUAAGAUGUAUAUCGGAAAUUUAAUUAAUUAAAAUUAGCUUUGAUAUUAUUAGCUGAAACCAGUGCCUAAUAUUUGCUGGAAUGGUUUUUGAGAUUACGUAAUGGAUAAGUGAAUGCGUAAUUGGAUAUUCGGAUAGCAUUUUUUUUUUAUUGUGACGGCCAGUAACUUAAAUAGGUCAUACCAUUUGAAUUUUAUUUUUUGUGCAAUAUGAGGAAUUUUUUACGUCCAUUUUUUUUUAUUUAGAAAUUUACUUAUUAUGUUAUUAUAUAUUUAUGAAACAAAAUCGUCGUGAGUUUAACAGUAUUUUUAUGCAGUAUUUGAGAUUCAUUAUGCUAAUUAUACAAUGAAUUAAUAUUGCAAUUUAUUCUAUAUUAAGUAUAUUCUAUGUUGUACUGUGUAGUUUAUAAUUUCUUAAAUUAGCUUGAAUCAGUGCCAAUGUCCAGUGUCUUAAGUAAUGAAGUCAUUAAUUUUCCAGUAGAUUUCCAAAUCUUUUUGUUUUAGUACAAACCAAAUCCUAACCAAAUUAAUUUAAGAUUUUAUCAGAUUCUGAGUCACAAAUUGUUUUCGAGUCAUAACUACACACCGUUGUAAAUAUAUAACGAGAUUCACGGCGCGAUUAUUAUAUACAAAACUCUAGUCUUGAAAUUUUUAUUUAAUUUUAAUAUCAGGCUAGUAUUCGAGUUGUAACGAACGACUGGCGAACGUACUGCGAAUGAAAUAUUGUGAAAUGUAUAAACGAUAUUAUUGGGCAUUCCAUUUUUUGUAAACUUUACAUUCCAUUGUUAAGGUAGGCGAUAGACAUUGGUUUUUCAUAUUCACCUUAAAUAGUUUUAGUACUGUAAUCGACACGUUGAAUUCAGUCGCUUCCAAAAACAGUGUCUAUUUCCAACCUUGUCCGAAGUGAUAUUAUGCUCACAAGCGUUCAUUAGUCGAAAGUAAACGGUGGUUCUGUGUGCCAAUAACACGAGGUGGGAGGAUGCCUUACAUCUGUACGUUAAAUCGACAAAUAAAAACUAGUAUAAGCUUUUUAA